UUGCAGAGUGAGCAAAGCCGGGAGAGUGAAUCACCCGCAAGAGCCAAUAAAACGUUCAUUGAGUCAGGCGCUGGGCUCACAGCUGAACUCUCGAGAGCAGAGUCAGGAUCAGGAGGUGGAGAAGCAAAAGCAGAGAGACUGGGAGCUUGUUUAUCACCAUGAGGGAGAUUGUUCAUAUCCAGGCCGGCCAGUGCGGAAACCAAAUUGGAACCAAGUUUUGGGAAGUGAUCAGCGACGAACACGGGAUUGACCCCGCCGGAGGCUAUGUGGGUGACUCACCCUUGCAGCUGGAGAGGAUCAAUGUCUACUACAAUGAAUCAUCAUCCCAAACAUAUGUGCCCAGAGCAAUUUUGGUGGACUUGGAGCCUGGAACCAUGGACAGCGUGCGAUCCGGUCCAUUUGGACAACUUUUUCGGCCCGAUAAUUUUAUAUUUGGACAAACUGGUGCUGGAAACAACUGGGCCAAAGGACACUAUACAGAAGGAGCAGAGCUUGUGGAUUCAGUGCUUGAUAUAGUAAGAAAAGAAUGUGAACACUGCGAUUGCUUGCAGGGAUUUCAGCUCACUCAUUCUCUUGGAGGAGGAACAGGCUCUGGGAUGGGCACGCUGCUCAUCAGCAAAAUCCGAGAAGAAUAUCCUGAUAGGAUCAUGAAUACUUUCAGUGUCAUGCCAUCGCCUAAAGUCUCUGACACUGUGGUAGAACCCUACAAUGCCACACUUUCGGUCCACCAGCUAGUUGAAAAUACAGAUGAGACCUACUGCAUUGAUAAUGAGGCAUUGUAUGAUAUCUGUUUCCGCACUCUGAAGCUCACCACUCCAACAUAUGGAGACCUGAACCACUUGGUGUCUGCUACAAUGAGUGGUGUAACAACAUCGUUGCGUUUUCCAGGCCAACUAAAUGCUGAUCUACGUAAGCUGGCAGUAAAUAUGGUUCCAUUCCCACGUUUACACUUCUUUAUGCCGGGAUUUGCUCCCUUGACGGCCCGAGGGAGCCAGCAAUACCGGGCUCUCACAGUCCCAGAGCUCACACAACAGAUGUUUGAUGCCAAAAACAUGAUGGCCGCUUGCGACCCAAGGCAUGGAAGGUAUCUGACGGUAGCCACAGUCUUCCGAGGUCCCAUGUCUAUGAAAGAGGUUGAUGAACAGAUGCUGGCCAUCCAGAACAAGAAUAGCAGCUACUUUGUGGAAUGGAUCCCAAACAACGUCAAAGUGGCUGUUUGUGAUAUAGCGCCCCGUGGUCUCAAGAUGGCUUCCACCUUCAUUGGCAACAGCACAGCGAUUCAAGAGAUCUUCAAAAGAAUCUCAGAGCAGUUCUCCGCCAUGUUCAGAAGAAAAGCCUUCCUUCACUGGUUUACGGGGGAAGGAAUGGAUGAGAUGGAGUUCACAGAAGCAGAGAGCAACAUGAAUGACCUUGUGUCCGAGUACCAGCAAUAUCAAGAAGCCACAGCAAAUGAUGGAGAGGAAGCAUUUGAAGAUGAUGAGGAAGAAAUUAAUGAAUAAGGUCAAAUAAAUCCUGUUCCAAAAAUGCUCAAGUCUGAAUAGCUAGCACUUGCUCAACACUUUUCCAGGAUAGUUUUUAGGACUCUACCCAAGAAUCUGGCUCUUCUAAACCUCUACUGACUUUGGAGUGGAUGUUUUGCACUCUGUACCACAUAAUAAUCAAAGAUUCUGCUCUGGACUUCAAUCAUUUAUUCUCCUGGAUUGAGAAUUUUGUCUGAAAGUGUUAAUGCAGGUAAUAGGAGACAUAUUUAAAAAUGUCCCUGUUUCAGAGCAGAAUGUGUGUUUUUUUAAAUAGCUAUUUUCUUGAACUGUGAAUAAAAAUAAGCUCAGGCUGCAGUCUUAUGCACAGCUCCUUGACGCAAUGGGAUGUGCAUCUAAGUAAACAUGUUUUAGACUUGCAGUGAGUUAAUAUUUUGAGUGCUGUUCUGUACUGAGUUGCUGGGAACAAAUUCUGUUAAUAAAAAUAAUAGGAAAAGGCA